AUGGUAUUAUUUAUGGAUAACUCAACUGAUCCAUGCACAGACUUUUAUAAAUUCAGUUGCGGAAAUUAUGAUAAGAAUGUCGAUCCGAACAAAAAUCAUGUUAUUGAAAUAUACAAUAAGCAAGAUGUUAAUCGUGAUAUUUUCUCGAAAUAUUUGAAUUUUUCAACGUUGAAAUCAAAAACAACACCGGAAAAAAUUGCAAUGACUUUAUGGAAGAAAUGUGUGGAAACAACAAGUGUGGAAAUUUAUGAGACAGAUAUUUGGAAGAAAUUGGAUUUUACUGAUAUUUUAUUGGAAAUGGCGAAAGUUUCGAUAACAAAAACACGAUUUUUGAAAAAUGAUAUUUAUCCAAGUAUUAUUACUGAUGGAGAACAUCGACUUGGCUUAACUUUGAAAAGUGGAAUUCAGGAGGUUUAAAAUACUUUGCUUUAUAUUGUCGAAUUUGAAAAAUGUGGCAGCCGUAAAAAAUGAAAACCAGUGCAGAGCUGAAUGAAUGACAAAAUCAUUACUUCGUCAGUCGCGUGCGGCUGUGCGUCGCGGUCGAGAAACAAUCAAUUAUUUAUUUUUUCCUUUGUUUUUCAGCCGCGACGCACAGCCGCACGCGACUGACGAAGUAAUGACUUUGUCAUUCAUUCAGCUCUGCACUGGUUUUCAUAUUUUAAGGCUGCCACAUUUUUUAAAUUCGACAAUAACUUAACUAUUUUUUUAAAGGUUUUUGCAUGGGAUUACUUCUUAUGUCAUAGUUUUGUUAUUGCUAAAUCACCUGAUGAAAUUGAAGAAAAACUGAAAAGUGGUCAAACAACAAGUGAUUUCAAAUUUUUCGAUAUCAAAAAAUAUAUGAAAGAACUGCUUCCCGAAUAUGCGCAAAACACAACAUGGUCUCUGAUAUAUCACAAAAAUGAAUUAAUAGCUUUGGAAAAAUUAGUUAAUUUAAAAGGCGUCGAAACAAUUCGCGAUAAGUUAAAACCGUUUUAUGAUGAAGCUCUUGAGAAAUACGUGGUGUCUGAUAAUUUUACUGGAAUCGACAGAGAAAAUGAAUGUUAUAAAACUAUUGAGAAAAUGUUUCCGGGAACUUUAGCAAUGAUGUUUAUCGAACAAUUUGUGCCAAAACAAAAUUUGGAAAAAGCGAAUCAACUUGUUGAUGAAGUUAAAGAAGUUUUUCGUGAAAUGAUUGAGGAAAAUGAUUGGAUGGAACAAGAAUUGAAAGAUGGAUUGAAAAACGAAAUUGAUUUGAUAAAAUCAUCAAUUGGAAUACCGGAUGAAUAUAAAGAUAUGAAAAAUAUUGAGAAAAUGUAUGAAAGUGUGCAAAAAACGAAACCGGCUGAACAACAAACUUAUCUAGAACUUGUUAGAAAUUUGUUGGCAAUGAAUUCAGAAGAAACAUUUUUGAGAGUGGCGAGAGAAGAGCAAAUUAAAUAUUCGGGAAAUCCAAUAUAUGUUUCGUCGAACUUUCGUAUAGGAUCUCACAGAACUUGUGAGUUUUAAUUAGAAAUAUAUAAUAAAAAUUGAUUUAUUUUAGCAAUUCCACCAAUUGUUCUCAACUUUCCAUAUAUUGAUUCCGAUUUACCACAUUGGAAUAUGAUUGCAGCUUUGGGUUUUAUGAUUUCACACGAAAUUGGUCAUCCUUUUGAUGCGGAUAGCUUCGAACACGAUUCACUUCUAGUGAAUUAUCCGAUGAGUCCGAAAAAUCGAAAGGAAUUCAAAAAACGGGUUGAUUGUAUUAUUUCGAAAUACAGCAAGUACACAUUUUCGGAUGGAACAUUUUCAGAUGGAAAAAAGUCACAAUCAGAAGACACGGCUGAUAAAAUUGGAAUUGAUUUGGUCUCAAGAAUUCUCAAAAAAUUAUUGAUUACGGAAAAACAACAAAAACUACCGAUUUUGGCGGAAUAUUCGGUGGAACAACAAUUUUUUAUGAGAGUGGCUCAUGUAAGUUGAAUUAUCGAAAAAUCUUUCAAAAAACAAUUAUUUUCAAAAUUAAACUUAUCUAGGAAUGGUGUGGUAUGAAUUUUGUCGGAGAAUAUUUGAAAAAAGCCAAAAAACAUGUUCACAGUAUUGGAGAAUUUCGAAUCAAUGGAAUGAUGUCAAAUACUGCGGCAUUUGCAAAAGCUUUCAAAUGCGCCGAAAAAACACCAAUGAAUCCGGAAAAGAAAUGUCCAUUGUAUGAUUCACACUAA